AUGGGCAAUUCGAGUGCUUCUCGUUCUGAAAAUUCUAUUGCAAAAUUUCUUAUGAGGGAAGAAGAUGAUGAUGAGGCCUAUGAACGACCACAAUCCGGUAGCACUACAACAACUACUACCAACAGUCCCAAUGGCAACGCUCCGCCUUCAAAGGCAGGCAAACCAUUACGCAGUCCCAAAGUGGGAGAUCCAUUUGUUGACCUCGGAGUUAUGUUGUCAAUUGAUAGCAUAUAUCAUGGAUAUCAAAUUACAUCAUUGAUCGGAAAAGGAAGCUAUGGAGAAGUGUAUUUAGUGAAAAAAGGAAAUGCAAAUUAUGCUUUGAAGGUUUUGGAACUGCCAAAGACUACCGACAGAGAAGCCGUGGAAGCAAUUGACAAGGAAAUCAAAAUUUUGAAAAAUUUAAAACAUCCAAAUAUUAUGCAGUUUAUCGAAGAAUUUCCUUUGAAAGAUCAAAUGGAUAAGAGUUGUGUGGGCGUUGUAACUGAAUAUUGCCAAAAAGGUACUAUUGGAGAUAUUAUUGAAAAAGAUCUUCAUGUGAAUAUCAAUAUUUGGAGAGUACUCGCAUGGUUCACUCAACUCUGUAGCGCACUCAAGUAUUGUCAUGAAGAAGGAAUUAUUCACAGAGACAUCAAGCCAUCAAACAUGCUCAUCGGGGAGGAUGAUACAUUGAGAUUGUGCGACUUUGGAUUGGCCAAAAUGUUAAAUUCCAAAGGCGCUGUAACAUACACUAUUUGUGGAACUCCACUCUAUGUUGCACCUGAGAUUGCUCUUCAAAGACCAUACGCCUUUAGUUGUGAUAUUUACAGCAUGGGAUUAUGCGUUUUUGAGCUAACAUGUCAACAACAACAUGACUUGUUUUAUAGAGCUGUUUUGAGAGAAAGAGAGAAAAUUCCUGGAAUGUUCGAAAAAAUUAAGCUUGCUUCAUUGAAGGACUUAAUCAGAAAAAUGGUUGAACCAGAUCCCGAUUUGAGAAUUUCAGCUGCUAAUUUAUUUAAACAUCCUUAUGUGAGAUGUUAUCGCUAUUUAACGUUAAAUCCUGACUAUACAUUGACGCCUACUGAAGGUUCUGAUGUUUAUUUCAUUAGUGCAAUCAUAGAGGCAAUAGUUUUUGAAGGACUUCAAAAUAAUGAAUCAUCAAGAACCUAUCCAGUGAUUUCAAAAGCAGUGAACUGUAUAUUAUUAUUCAUUCAUGAGCAAACAGUCAUUGAAUUACUAUCUAAGGAACAACAGUAUAUCAAGGCGCUGUUCAGUCUGUAUCUAGAUUCAUGUCUGAAUGAAACUGUGAGAAAUGAAAUUUCCCAAAUAUUUAUUGCCUAUGUCCAAACGUCAGAGAGAUGUAGGAAGCAUUGUGCUAAUACUUUAAUUGAAAUAGCUCAACGAGCUCCUGAGUCAUCGGUAGAGGAAAGAACACUGCCACGGUUUGUGUCACUCCUCACAGAAAAUGAGCCUGCCUUUAUUACCUCUCUCUCCACUCAAUUGGAAUUUAGAGACACACCCAAAGCAUCCAAGUUAUUACUUCCAAAACCAUAA